GAGAGAGUGUGUGAGAGAGAGAGAAAAGAGAAACGGGAAGAACAGAAAUGAAACUAGUUCCAUUCAGUGUUGCAGCUUUGUGAAACAUUAUCAAGUUAAGAAGUUUUUAAACUGGAGAUAUGGCAUGAGUUUGAAUCACUGAGAAAUGACUAUUUUAACAGAACUUAUUGGAGGGAUUUGCACGAGUUAUUUUCUUUGUAAUGUGCCUGUAGCCUGCUGACCUUCAUGGAUUUGAUACUGUGCAGCAGUCCAGCAUGAAUCCAGUAUCCAAGGGAUGUCAGUAAAAGCUACAUGCUAAAUUAUAACUUGAACCACUGGGAAAGAAAGAAUGCAUUGGCAGGUGCAUAACACAAGGGUCUGGGGACCAUACAGGGGGACUUUCUGGACCCCUGCCCAGGGAUGAAAAUGGGCAACGCAGCACAGGCAUGUGGAUCUGGGCAGGCUGUGCAUCUGCCUCCAGAAGUGGAAGAAUUGCUGAGAACUGACAACAUCCUGGAUCUGAGCUACAAAAAGAUGAAGGUAAUGCCAGCUGAAUUUUGCUGUUUUUCCCAACUGGAGAAACUUUACAUUAGCAAUAAUCAUAUCAGGGAACUACCUGACGAGUUUGCAGAGCUGACCAAUCUCAGGAUACUUGCAUUGGACUUCAAUAAGUUUGAGGAGGUGCCUAAGGUUGUGUGUCAACUGGAAAACCUCACUAGGCUCUACAUGGGCAAUAACAGACUGAUGACCAUUCCCCCGGAGUUUAGGAAUCUUCAAAGUCUCAGGUGCCUCUGGAUAGAAAAUAAUUACUUCAGAAAGUUUCCCAAGCAGCUGGUAGACCUUCGAAACCUGAAAUCUGUGCAGAUGGGGGAUAAUCGAUUGAAAAGCUUGCCUGAGGAUUUGGCGAGAAUGACAAACCUUCGAGGCCUGUGGUUAUACAGUAACAGGUUGGAAGAUUUGCCCAAAGUGCUUCUCAAAAUGGAAUUUCUGGAAAUACUAGAUGUGGACAAGAACAAAAUAACCACAUUCCCGAACAUGGUCCACCUGACAAGGCUGAAAUUGUUUUGCUAUGACCACAAUCCAGCCAAGAUUCCCCCCAAAGUGGCUAACACAGUCACUUUGGUUGGGGAAGGAGCCGAGGAAAUCAUGGCUACCAGGGCUGAGCAAAAACAAGAAGAGCAGGAGAAGGAAUCAGAAUCAGUUCAAGGCAUUUUAAAGAAUGGCUCCAUGAAUGAUGAGGACAGAGAGGCAUUUCCAGAGCUGGACUAUUCUCCAGGGGAUACUUGACUCCACAAAAAGGAUAAUAAUAAGGGAUAAUACAAGAAAUUAUACCACUAUACCAAAAGGCAUUCAUGUUGUGGCAACAAGUCACAUUGAGCUUUGUUUAUGCCUAUGCAAGAGAUGACCAGAGAGCUUGGAUAGUGGAUGGGAGAAGCAUCAGUUCUUGUUUGUUAAAAUCAUGUGUGAUCAUGUAUUCAGGACUGGAGUACAGGAUGGAUGACAGAAAGAAACAUACAUCAAGGAGUUAGUAGGUACUCGCUCACUCUUUCAAAGUUCCUGAAUUUGUGCUCAUAAGAGAUGAAAGGAGAAAUUCAUAAGGGCAUAUGAAAAGAUUCACUCAGCUGCAAGAUUUACCAUGAUGUUGGCUGCAGUCCUGUGGCCUGCCUAUAACACAGUGAGGAGGAAAUUAUAUGGACAGGACAGCUAUUUAAGAAUGAUUAGGACACUUUUAAAAUGAAAAGGUAUUGUGUACAUUAAAAAGA